GGGACGGUACCGGGGGCACCCGGGGUGCGCUCCGGGAUUGCGGGCUGCGAGUGCCCAGGGGGCGGUGCAGACCCGGGAGCCCCGCGUUGGGAGUUUCUGCCCCCUCGGCCGGUGGCUGUGGCUGAAGCCAUCGGCCUCCGCUGGGCCUGAGGGCAGAAAAAGAAGAAAUAAGAAAGGAAAAGGUUGCCCAAGCGUUGUAAAGCAGAUUGAUUUAGGAAUCUGUAAUUAUAGUAGCAAAGACUGAGUGGAUGUUCCUUCAAAUAAGUCCCAAACAAUGUUCAGAGGAUCUAAAACUCCCCUGAAAGUCAAAGAAAAUGAACAGAAGGAGGAGGCCUCUUUCCCUCUGUCAAGAGCCCAGAAGAGCUGCAAAGUGACCAAAUCCAAGGCCAUCAGACCAUCCAAGAAGGAGAAUUUCACUGAUGGGAACCAGACACGGUCACCAAAACGUGCCCUGAAGUGCCCCAAAGGCCCCGAGGAGAAUUUGUGUCCCCCCCAGGGGGCUGCUGGGGGCUGGCAGCUCCCUGGGGGCUGCUCUGGGGCACUCGGGGGGGGUGUGCUCCUCACGGAGCCCCCCUUGCCCUUGCACACCAGGGAGGGUUUGUCCAGCAGCCCAGCUGUUCCCUUGGGAAACGACUUCUCCACUCCUGAGAGGGACACAGUGGAAGGAGAACCUGAUUUUGGAUGGUCUGAGCAGAGGAAAAAGCCCCUGGACUUUGGUGCUGUGAUAGGUGCUGAGUGUGGGAUUGCUCAGGAAAGUUUUGGAACACGACCCACAGGGACUUCCCCAACUUCACUAAAAUUUAGGAGAAGAUCAACCAUUGGUUUGAGGGGAUCACCAGAAAACAACACCCUGAUCCGGUACCUGGCCCAGCACAGGAGCAGCAGGCAGAAAGAAACUUUCACCCAGAUCAGUCCUUUUAAACCUGCAAAUGUGAGGUCACUGAAGGAUAAGAUCAACACUUUCCAAGCCUCCUUUGAAUCUCUGCACGAAGCUGAGGGGGAGCCUGGGCUCUCACACCUGGGGGAGCCUUCCCAGGAAGGAGGUUCCUCUCAGAACAAAGCACCUUUUAGAAAAGAGCCAAACCUGGAGCAGUGGAGUGAAAAGUUCAUGCUGGGCAACAGAGGAGCUGCUUUGAAAGAAAAUUUACGAGAAAAUUGGACCAAGAGCAGCAGGAGUGAGCUCAGGAUCUGCAGCAUCUUGUCCCCACAACGAGCUGGGACUGUCACUGAGCCUGCUGCUGCAAAGGAAUGGGUUUGUGAGCAGCAAAAUCCUGUUAAAUCCUUGGACCCUGCUGUAACUGGAGAUACCCUGGAAACAGGCCUUGUGUCCCAGCUGUGUGCUUGCUCUGAAGUGGCCAGGUGUGAGCACAGUGGCACUGGGGAUGCUGUGUCAGCCCUCAGCAGGAGGAAGGCUGGGGCUGUGGAAGGUGUGAGCCUGGCAGUGCAGGCUGGGAGCACUCCCAGCACUGACCUCUGCCAGAGCAGCUCCCUGCUGAGAUCCAUCCUGAAGAAAACCCCAGCCAAGGAGCUCCUGGACAGCACCAGGGCUGAUUCAGUGCUUGCACCAAGGAGGAGCUUCCAGGAAUACUUAAAUAGUGUCAUUGAUGGAGGAGGAGAUGAAUCUGCUGCAGUCUCCAAUUGUGUAAGAGCCUCUGAAACAUUGCAAACAGAGAGAUCUGACAGUCAGAGCUCCAAAACACCAAAGAAGAAAAAAGUGACUUUUGGGGAAGUUCUGAGCCCCGAAAUCUUUGACCAGAGCCUGCCUGCCAACACCCCCUUACGCAGAGGAGCCUCCCCUGGGUGUGCCCAAGGGCAGAGCCCCUGGGCAAGGCCUGGCCUCUCCGAGGAGCCUCUGCCCCUCCUGGAUUUUGGCUGGGAUGAGGAAGGUGUUGAGCCUCUCCCAGAAUUCCUGGAAGGUUCAGAAGCCCCUGCAGAAGCCCCUUCACCUGUUGAAAUUGCAGAAGUAGCAGAGACUGACAAACCUGAUGUGGUAACAACUCGUUCUUCUACUAAGAGGAAGCAGUGCAGGGCCGUGGCACAGGACCCUGCUGGGAGCAGCUCAGGAGCCACAAACACUGAUAACGACAAGGACACUAAAAAUCCAAGGAGCAAGAUUCAGAGACAGAAGAAUCCAACCACAGCUGCUCCCAAGAAGACCCAGAGAAAAACCCGCCCAAGCUAUGGAAAAAGAAGAAAGAAAAAAGUCAAGAAAUCUUUGUAUGGGGAAAGAGAAAUGGCUUCUAAGAAGCCCCUUCUCAGCCCUAUCCCUGAAAUCCCAGAGGUUUUCUCUUCUGUGUGUUCUCCAAACUCACCAAAGGCAGAUGCACUUUUUACAGAGGGUGCAGGUCUGGGUGAUCCCAAAUGCAGGGACACUGCCCAGGAGCCCCAGGCUGGCAGGAUGCGUGGGAAGGGGCUCUGUGCAGCUGCUCUGUGCCCAAGCCCUGGGCUCCUGGAGGAGGCAGCAGCCACCAGCCCUGGGCCUGGAGACUCUGAGGUGCCGGGGAGCCUGGAGGCAGCUCCUGAGUUUUCAAAUAGUGUGCCAGAUGCAGAAGGUGAUUUUGAUACAUCUGAUUAUUUCCAGCAAGGCAAAGAGACUCCAUGUGAAAAAGAAGCAAAAGAAAGCAGUUCCUUAAUAGAAAAGGAAGAAUUAGAAGGAAAUCAUCUAACUGGGCUGGAAAUUCUGGAACAACAGGCUGUGCAGGAGGGUGCCCAGAGAGCCAGGUGUCCUCAGAAGGAUUCUGGCAGACGUGAUCCAGCAAGGAGAAGAAGCAGCAGUGCCUUCUACUUCCCUCCUAUUGAAAACUUGGAAAUAACUGGGGCUGAUCUUCCAGUCUGCUCUUACAAUGUGGAAGAAGUUUUCUCAGUCCCCCAGGCCAAGGAGGGGUCCCUGCAGGCCUGCAGGAGGAGGAGCAGGGCCAGUGCUGAGCUCAGGGUGAGGCGCAGCAUGAGGCUGAGCAAGGAUGCAGCCAGCAAGGGACUUGCCUGGAUUCAGCUUCCCAGUGAGAUUCCCAGGGAGCCCAAAGCCAGGAGGAGCAGCAGCACAUCCAUCCUGGCAGGAUCUGAGAAUAUUCACCACAGGGAACACAACCCCCUCCCCUUCCCAGCCCCAGGGAAGGAGAAUGAGGGCUCUGCUCCCCUUGCUGCAGGUCCUGGCAGGAGGUGGAGGAGGAGAAGCUUCUGUGAAGCCACAGCUCAAGAAAUGCCCUGGGCUGCCACCCAGAGAAGGAGAAGCACAAAUUCUGUGUGUGGGAAGAACAGGAGUGACCAAAAACACUCAGAAGCAGCAGAAACUCUUGAGCUGAGAUUGAAAGAUGUUUCAGGCAUCUCUGAUUUUCUGAAGUGAAGGUGCUUCUUAGGCCUUGUGUUGUCUCUCAAGUGCAGUUUUCUUCUCUUUCCCACUUGUAUUUCCUCAUUUAUUUUCUUAUUCAUCUUCUGGGUAACUUAGAACUCAUUUUCCUUGUCUUGAUGCCUAAAAUGCUUGAAGAUCUGAACUGUGUGGCAGACUGGCUCAGAGCAUUGGUCUGGUACAGUUGUGGCAGGUAAUGAAGAGAAUUAAAAAAUUCUUCUCCCUGAUAAACGUGGGUUUGUCUUUAGCAGUUAAACCACAGAGUCAAAUGUGUCCUUCCAGCUACCAUUGCUCCAAGGCUUUGUUUCCUGUGUGUGUGACCAUUCCCUAGAAAUUGCUGUUGAAAUCUGCAUAUAUUUUCUUCUAGAUUGCAAAACUACACUCAAAAGAGAUUGUCUGCAGUGAAUAAAGGAAUCCCUUCCUCCUCUUCCCUUUCAAGAAGUGGGGAACCUGUUUCUAUCUUCUGAAGAGGCUUUGGGACAUGAGCAGAGGUGGAGCUCCUUAGAGUAGGAUUUAGAGUUCAUGAACAAUUCUCUGAUGUCAAGGGUGGUCAUUAAAGAAAAAAAAAGCUUUUAGAUCUUUAUUUGUAUAAAUUCAUCUGACAAAUGAAAUUGGCUGAGGGGAGAGAAGCAUUCCUCACCAGGAAGGCUGGGCUUCAUUUCCAGCCCUUCCCAGCCCUGCGUGUGUGUCCUGAGUCCACCCCUGCUGGCCCCUGUCACCUUCCUGUUUGCACUUUUCUGCUUGGAACAAUGGCAUAAGGAGUGAGGACUGCAGGUGCUCUGCUCCAAGCUUUGCUGCUGCUUUCAUUUUUCAUCCUGGGGUGUUCCAGCCCAGAGGGAUGCCCGUGCCAGCCUGGAGGAAAUGGCUUUGUGUCCAACAGUCCCUUCUGUGACCUGGUUUUUACCAUGAGUGAUGUGGGACAAAAUCCUUUAUGUACUUGGCUGCUUUUAUAGAGCUUAACAGAAACCAGAGCAGUUGGAUUUUUAUACCUCUUUCUCCCAAGACAAGAAUUCCUAAAGCAACUUGAAAGAAACUCCACUGUUUAAGCUGUUUGAGUUACAGAAUCAUUGGGGUUGGAAAAGAGCUUUAAGAUCAGAGUCCAGCACUGCCCUGUGGCCCAUAAACCACGUCCCCAGGUGCCACAUCUCCAUGUCUUAAAUCCCUCCAAAAACAGUUGCCUUAAUGUUUGGCUUGGGGAUUUGCUUUGGGGUUGGGUUUGGAAGCAGACUGGGCUGGAUGCUGUGCUUGGCUGCCAGGAGAGGGCAGCCUGGGCUGAGCUUUCUGCUUGGAAGGGACCUGGAACAGAACAUCAUGGACAAAAUCUGAGAGGCUGGCUGAACUUAUAAUGUAAAGCUUAAAAAAUAAGGAAAUUAGUAAAAAUAGCUGCUCCUUUUACUGUUCAAAACAAAGCAGCUACUGAGCUGUGCACUGGAAUUAAACUGGGAAAGUGAAAUGAUGGGCUGGAAUCAGGUGUGAGAUUCAUCUGGAAAUCAUUUUGUGCUUAAACAGAUUCAAGCUGUACUUGAGCUGUCUGGGUGUUUCUGUGCAGCUUUUAGGUACCAAAUCCAACCCUGGGUGACACUGGGGCUGUCACAUCCUGAAUAUCAGGCACUGGUGAGACCAAAGAAUUGUCCUGGAGGAAGAGACAAUAAAUUCAUGUGUGAUACAAGAGGGGUUAAUCCCAAUUGCUGCCCAGAGCGCUGGGGGAUGCUGCCCUGAGCCCAGCCCCAGCAGCACUGGGAGCUCUCCCUCAAGGUUCCCUGAGAGGUCCCCAAGUGCACUUCAGCUGGGAGGUGGGAGGAGGAGAACAAGGGUAAGGAGAGGAAAACAAAGCUUGGAUUUUCCUCCUGGCACAGCUGGGUGGAAAAGGAUUGUUAGGGAUCAUUUGUGGAUGCUUGAUGGCAGUGCCAGGGCGGAGAAACUUACAGGAAAGGAAGAGGUUGCAGUUCUUUCCAAGAAAUGUCUACUUCUUUAUGGUGCUUUUUAGUUCCUUUUGUCCUUCUCUGGAUAGAAUUUAUCCUCAAAAUACUUUGUUUUCUUAAUCUGGAGAGGAUUUGAACAAGUCUUCAG